AUGACAAGCACCUGUCUGCUCACCGGCCUGCCCGCCAGUCUGCUGCCGACCGACCUCCGGGCAUUCGUCGCCAAGCGAAUCUCCCACCCCGCCGGGCUCCUCAGAGUCGUCCAGGUUCCGGAGCAGACGUGGGCCGUGCAGACGAACAUCCUGAUGUUCUCGAGCCGGGAGCCGAUCGACGAGCUGCGCCGCUCGCUAGCCGCCGGGCACGGGACGCAUGGCCCGGGAGUGGCGGUGGUCGAGCUCGCAAAGGCGGCUCUCGGGCGGGCGUACCUGGCCGCCGUCGAGCGCCAGGCCAGCCUGCGCACCCGCAUCCUCGCCCAGCACGGCCUUGCCCCGCCGCCAGCACCCGAGCCGUACAUGCCCGGGAAGGCCGUCCUGCUCGCCGGCCUGCCCGCCGCCUCCUGCCCCCUCCAGAUCGAAAACACCCUCCGCAACACCGGCUUGCCCCUCCUCCCCGCCCGCGCUAUGCCGCCCCUCGACCGCCUCUCCCGCGCCCUCUACUGGCCCCUCCUCGACCCCCCGCCCCCAUGUAGAGCAGCCAUGGACAGCAACAAGACCACGCGCGCCCAGGUCCUCUACGCCCCCUCCGCCGCCACCGCCAACCAUCUCGUCGCCGAGCUCAACCACCUCGUGCCCUCCUGGCUCGGCUCCCGAGCGGCCGCCGGCUGGAAGCUGAAGGCCAAAGUCCUCUACUGA